CGAACACGACGACCUUGAGCUGAGAUGGCCGUCGCGAUCUCCAUCAAGGUGGCUGCACUCGUCAUCUCCGUGUUCGCCACGCAUGGCGCUCGCGCGCAGCCGAGCUACAACAACGCCUCCUCCUCCUCCGCCCGCAGAGAGUUGUACUACUCCAGCACCACCGGCGGCAGCUGGCUCCCUGCCAAGGCCACCUGGUACGGCCGGCCCAACGGCGCCGGCCCUGACAACAACGGUGGCGGGUGUGGGUACAGCGGCACCAACCUGUACCCUUUCAAUUCCAUGACGUCCUGUGGCGACAGGAACGUGUUCAGGGACGGCAAGGGCUGCGGCUCAUGCUACCAGAUAAAAUGCGUGAGCAGCAACAACCCUGCCUGCUCCGGCGUGCCCCAGACGAUUAUCAUCACCGACGUGAACUACGACACCAGCCUCGGCCCCAACCGUUUCGACCUCAGCGGCACGGCGUUCGGCGCCAUGGCUAAGCCUGGCCUCAACGGCAAGCUCCGCAAUGCCGGCGCCCUCAGCAUCCAGUACAGGAGGGUGCCCUGCAACUACAAGGGCUUGAACGUGAGGUUCCACGUGAUGGGAGGCUGCAACCCAUUCUACUUCGCGGUGAUCGUGUACUACGCGGGCAGCGAUGGCGCCGUGGUGCAGGUGGAGCUCAAGGAGGCCAACUCGCGGACAUGGAGGCCGCUGUACGAGUCGUGGGGCGCCGUCUGGAGGAUAGACCCGGGCCACCCGCUGAGGGCGCCCCUCUCGCUGCGCGUCCGCAGCGACGGCGGCAAGACUCUGGUGGCCUACGACGUCAUCCCGAUCAACUGGAGGGGCAAUGCCGAUUACCGUACCAUCGCUCAGUUCCGCUGAGGGGCACACACCGCGACAAUGAACACUCCCCUCGAUCUUAACAGGGUUCAGUACAUUUUUAUCUUCAAUCGCGUGGUUGAAAUUUUAACGUAUGUAUUGCAUCAUCUCAUUUUUACGGUGUUUUUUGAGGUUUCAAAAUCAUUCCUACUUGCGAUUUUGAGAAUUCUAGAUACUUGUUCUUGUGUGUCUUGAGAUGCAUAGUACGUGGAAUAGAUAUACAGUAUACUCGUAUAUAUAUAUAUAUAUAGGAGGCAAAGUGUUAUAUUCAUGUGUUCCACUAUAUAUCACAACUGUUUACAACUA